CCGAGAUGGACGGCACCAGACCGCUCGACCUGCUUCGCCCGCCUCCGCCCCUCUUCCUGCGGGCCUCCCUUGAGCGGGGGUACCCGCGCACCCCCAAGUGCGCCCGCUGCCGCAACCACGGCACGGUGUCGGCACUCAAGGGGCAUAAGCGGUUUUGCCGCUGGCGGGACUGCACUUGCGCUAAGUGCACCCUCAUCGCCGAGCGGCAGCGGGUGAUGGCUGCGCAGGUGGCGCUCAGGAGGCAGCAAGCGCAGGAGGAGAACGAGGCACGGGACAUCCGGAUGGUCUACCCUGCUAGCCACCUGCCAGAUUUGGAACUUUUUACCAAGGAGGCCUCUAAAAAUGACGAUCGCUUGAGCAAGAACCACUACCGGAGCCCGAGCGGGUCACCCUUGGACCCCGAGUCGAGCAGCGAGUCGGACAGGCCGAAGGAGUUCAACCGCGGCGAUUUGGAAAAACGCGUCAGUGCGCCGACUCCCCUUUUUGGGCCGGCGCAGGAUUCUUUCGGGAGCAAGUCGGCUUUGGCGGCACUCUACGUUCCGCCGCCCCACUUGGGCCUCAACCCUUUACGCCUUGCCUACUCGUCCCCGAACGCCACAGGCCUCGCGUCGCCGUACGUGACGUCGGGCUUGAUGCCGGUGUUCCCGCUGCGUCCUCCGCUGGACGCGUACUCAUUUCCAGGUGUGAUCCGAGACCUUUCCUACCUGCGCGGAAAGGAGCUUGUGUGCAGCGCCGUCGUGUACAAGCACCUGACUGCCGAAAAGUGUCUCGAUGUUGCUGACGAAAAUAUCAAAAUAAAUCGUAUGCGUUGAUGUUCUUGUUAUUCUCUUGAUUUCAUUGUUAAACUUGGAAUAAUUGUACAAACAUAUGAACUCAUUUAUGCAUUGUUUCUUUCUUUAUUUCCUUUUCAAGCCUGACAGAUCCAAACGUACAGCAUUCAUUUGUACACUGUAGUAUUUGCAUUUUUCUGGUCUGUUGAUGUAAAGGUUUUCGUCAGCAUCAAAUAUGUCAACAGCAAAAAGCACCAUUUUUAAUAUACUGGGGACCUUGUAUAUAUCAUUUAUAUACUGCAUAGUAUAAACAGUUUUGGACCCAAGACAGAGCCUUGAGGUACGCCAGAUGUAACAAGUUUUUCCGACUUUUUCCCACCAAUUGUCAAAUUGGUAGGUGGUCGUUGAUGUCAUUUAUUAAUAAACCAAUUUGGGUCUCAUUCAGCAUGACAUUAGCUCAAAUUCUGUCUCUUUGGGUAGCACUGUGCGUUUUUAUAUUCUAACUACGGCUGUCAAACGAUUAAAAUUUUUAAUCGAGUUAAUUACAGCUUAGAAAUUAAUUAAUCGCAAUUCAAACCAACUAUACAAUAUGCCAUAUUUUUCUGUAAAUUAUUGUUGGAAUGGAAAGAUAAGACACAAGAUGGAUAUAUACAUUCAACAU